AUGUACAAGGUAUUGGAGCAGAUUAUCCUGGACCGACUCAUUAAACAUCGCGAAGAAACAACGCGCGACGAGCAAGCUUACUUUCGUCUUGGCCGAUCUACGAUUGACCAGGUGUUCAUCGUCAGGAGAGUGAUCGAAAUCUGGCAGCGAACAGUAGAUCAGUGUCCUGCCGAUAUCAUUCUAGCACCAUCCGGACGCCCUUUGACCUAUCUCGAGUACGCUUACUAUGUUGUUAUAUUCGCGGAAAGCAGUACGAAACUUCAACAUGCUGUCAACCUUGUAUCGAAGCUGGCUGCAGCCUAUGGACUAUGUCUCCGCCCUGAUAAAUGUAAGCAGAUAUGGAUCUCUUCAAGACCUCGAACGGGGAUUAGAGUGGACGGACAACCGAUAGAACUCGUCGAGUUCUGCCACCUGGGCUGA